CCAAGUUCUGCCAUGACGUCACUCAGCUCCAGCUGCAGAGAAGGAGUUGGGGAAAGACGUCUUCCUGCCCAGUCCCGCACGUCCUUGGCAGGGGCACCUGGUUUCAGCCAUGAGGCUGUCCAAGGGGGCUGGCAACUCUGUGUUCUAUGCCCAGCACCCAGAAAAAGAGAAGCAGCUGCCCUCGAGGCAGGAGGUGAAGCAGACCCCGGUCAUCAUGGCUCUGAUCAGAGGUCCGGGGCCUGCCAGGUACCUGCGGCCAUCGUGCACGGGCUAUGUGGGCCACGACAGCUCCCUGUUCCGGGGGCCGGCGUUCACCCUGCAUGAGAGGCACUCUGAGAAGCGGAUUACAGACGUAUGCAGCCCUGGGCCCUGCUAUUUCUUGGAUCCCAAAAUAACCCGCUUUGGAAUGUCCAGCUGCCCGCAGGUGCCCAUGGAAGGCCGCAUCUCCAGCCUGCGUCUGAGCCCCACGCCAGCCCCUGGCCACUACAACUUGGAGAAGACCCGCCCCCCUGAUGAGCGCAGGGCUCCCCAGUACACCUUUGGCUACCGGUGCCCCUACCGAGUGAUGGACCCCAACCCGGCCCCCAACCGCUACCAGCUGCCGCUCUCUCUGGGGCCUAACACCCCGAUCUACCAGGCCGCCCCCUGCUUUAGUCUGGCCCCCAUGGUUAAGACCUGGUUUUACCGGGAGGAUGUGGCUGGGGGCCCUGGGCCGGCUGCUCAUGCCCGGCCCGAGCCAUCUGUCUACCAGAACCGCAGCCCGGCACACAGCAUGGCACGGCGCCACGCUUACCCACUGGACCACACACCGCGGCCCGGGCCUGGCUCCCAUGACGUGCAGCGAGUCACCCUGCACAAGCCCCGCACACCCGCCUUCACCAUGGGCACCAGGCACUCGGCCCACCUGUGCCCCCUGGUGGUGGACAUCAGAGACUGAACUGGUGGUUCACCCUCCCACCCCGCAGAUGUUAUUUUUCUAUUCCAGCAGAGCUGGUGCCUGCG